CACAAAGAUAUGGCUUCCUCCAGCAGUCUCCUGUCUGAGGAGCAGUUCCAGUGUUCUAUCUGUCUGGAUGUGUUCACUGAUCCAGUCUCUACUCCAUGUGGACACAACUUCUGUAUGACCUGUAUCAAAGGAUUCUGGGACAGGAGUGACUGGUGCCAGUGCCCACUGUGUAAAAGGAGUUUUGAAAAGAGACCAGAGCUCUUUGUCAAUACAAUGUUUGCUGAUUUAACUGUUCAUACCCUACAGAUACCUGCUGUUAAAACCAGAGACGUUUCAUGUGAUAUCUGCACAGAGGAGAAACGUGUUGCUCUGAAGUCCUGUCUGGUGUGUCUGACCUCUUACUGUGAGACUCACCUGGAGCCUCAUCAGAGAGUCUCAGCCUUGAAGAAACACAAACUGAUUGAUCCUGUGGAGAAUGUGGAGGAUUAUAUCUGUAAGAAACAUGAGAGACCCCUGGAGCUGUUCUGUAGAGAUGAUCAGACAUGUGUGUGUCAGUUCUGUACUGAGGGAGAGCACAGAACACACAACACUGUUCCCAUAGAGGAGGAGAGUGGAGAGAGGAAGACACACAUGGGGAGGAUGCGAACUGAAGUCCAGCAGAUGAUCCAGGACAGACUGAAGAAGAUUGAAGAGAUCAGAUACUCAGUAGAGAUCAAUAAAAAAAACACAGAGAUGGAGAUAACAGACACUGUUGAGGUGUUCACUGCUCUUAUGAGAUCCAUUCAGACAUUCCAGGCUGAGGUACUUGAGGAGAUGGAGGAGAGACAGAAAUCAUCAGAGAAGGAGGCUGAAGGAGUCAUUAAAGAACUGGAGCAGGAAAUCAGUGAUUUAAAGAGGAGAGACAUUGAGCUGGAGCAGCUCUCACACACUGAGGACCUCCUCCACCUCCUACAGAUUUACCCAUCUGUGUGCAGCCCUCCACACACCAAGGACUGGACUGACAUCAGUAUUAAGACUGCUGUGAGUGUGGACGCUCUGAGGAGAUUUCUGACUCAGCUGGAGGAAUCAUUCAAUGUGGAAACAAAUAAGAUAGUGGAAAUGAAACUGAUGCGGGUUCAUGAGUAUGCAGUAAAUGUGACUUUGGAUCCUGACACAGCUCAUCCAAACCUCAUCCUGUCUGAUGAAAGAAAAGAGGUGACACAUGGAAACAAACGACUGGCUCUCCCUUACAGCACAAAGAGGUUUGAUACAUGUCCCUGUGUCCUAGGAAAGGAGGGGUUCUCCUCAGGGAGAUUUUACUAUGAGGUGCAGGUCAGUGGGAAGACUAAAUGGGAUUUAGGAGUGGCCAGACAGUCCAUUAACAGAAAGGGAAAUAUUGAACUGAGCCCUGAGAAUGGAUACUGGACUGUGUGGCUGAGGAACGGGAAUGAGUAUGAGGCUCUUGCUAGUCCCUCUGUCCCCCUCUCUCUGAGACAGAAAGCCCAGAAGGUGGGGGUGUUUGUGGAUUAUGAGAAAGGUCUGAUCUCCUUUUAUGAUGUGGGGGCCAGGUCUCAUAUCUACUCUUUCACUGGUCAGUCUUUCACUGGGAAACUCUAUCCAUACUUCGGCCUCUGUAAUAAUGAUGGAGGCAAAAACUCAGCCCCAAUGAUCAUCACUCCCAUUACUAACACUACAUGACUUUUCAUCAUAUUACUAUUUUUGGGAAGUCUGAAAAUAUUGAAAAGAUCAUGACAGUACUCAAGAUGAACCUAAUUUAACCAUAUCAGUGAAAGAAUUUGUUUAGAGCACA